GCACAGAGCGAUCUACUGCCGUAAUUUACCAUAACAAACUAAAAUACGGCAAGGUCUUCAUGUGAGUGCGCAGCGUGGUGGUUCACUAGUGGGUGAACUUCUUAUAAUAGUUUUGUUUAUCGCUGGCUUUUUCUUAAGUAGUUUAUAUGGAGGAAUCAGAACUUAAACCUGUCUAUUUAGAUGGCGAAGACAGUACAAAAGAAAUGAGAGGAACGAAACGGAAAAUAUCUUUGGCAAGCUGCGAAGCGUGUGGAGCAGAAGAAGCUAAAUACAGAUGCCCAGCGUGUCUGAAACACUCUUGCAGCUUGCCCUGCGUAAAGAAGCACAAAUCAGAUUCGGGGUGCACUGGAGUGCGGGACAAGACUGCAUUUGUGCCCCUGUCCUGCUUUGAUGAGAUGACCCUCCUCAGUGAUUACAGGUUUCUGGAGGACUCUGGGAGACUGGCCGACAGCAUUACCAGGGACCGCCAUCGCCUGCCUCAACAAAAAAACCAAAAAGCCCGCAUACUGAGACUGGGAGCUCACAGACUCAACCUGCAGCUGAGGCUGCUACCCAACGGCUUUACGAAAAGUCGGGAGAACACCACAUUCUUCAACAAAAGGGAGUGCCGAUUUUACUGGCACGUGAAGCUCCUUUUUCCAGAAAGCAGCACGGAAUACAGGGAGAGAAGGGUGCCAGACAACAGAACACUUAAGGAGAUCCUCACUCCAUACAUCCACCCUACGGAGUCCGAGCCAGUGAAGCGACAGAAGUUGAAAGUCUACGUGCGUGACUCCUUUGACGGUGUAAGGGUUUUUAUGAAAGUGGAAAACAGGAAGUGUAACUCCAUGAGGUAGGCAUACGUCUCCCGUCCGUGGCCCUGAGGACGCGGCCCCCCAGGGGCUGUUUUCUGCGUUGGCCAGCGGGGCUCAUGUUUAGCUGCACCCACAGCGAGCGUUUUGUCCUCGCUAAAUGAACCGUGUGUUUGGGAACAUGACUCAUUUGUGUUCAACAUAAACUGCUCUCCAAAGUGCCCUUGUAUGCUAAAUGGGGAGUCGUAUUAUGGUCUGUACAGUGGCGGGUGAGCCUCCUAACCUAAUUACGCAAACAAAUGUCUUACAAAGUGCUUGUAUCUAAUGUGCUCUGCUGAAGCGUUUGUGAACACUGAUCUAACAUUGUUUAGAGAAUGUCUUGUGCAAUGUUUUGUGUGCAUGUCAUGAUGGCAUGAUAUGUAAAACAUCAGUUUCAUGAAGGUCACCAUGUAAUAUAAGCAGUUAAUUGGCAUGUCGCAAAUAAUGCUUAUUACAGCUGGGUCUGAACUUUUCGCCAUUUUGGUCUGUGUUUCACUUGAAGGUAAGAACAGUAGAGG